UCUCUUUCUAUAUAGAAAGAAUCGAACCAGUUGACCUUAGUGCAGUAGCUGCAAUCAGUUUCUGAUUUUCCCAUUUCUAUUACAAUCUCAUCACUCAAUUAUCUUAUGGCGGCCGCUGUUGUUGGUGAAGCUUUUCUGUCUGCUUUCAUUGAAGUUGUCCUUGACAGACUUGCUUCUCCUCAGGUUGUUGACUUGAUCCGUGGGAAGAAACUUGACGUCAAUUUGGUUCAACGGUUGAAGAAUACUCUUUAUGCUGUUGAAGCCGUGCUUAACGAUGCUGAACAGAAGCAGAUUCGUGACUCUACUGUUAACAAAUGGCUUGAUGAUCUCAAAGAUGCUCUCUAUGUUGCUGAUGACAUUCUCGAUCGGAUUUCUACUAAAGCUGCAACUUCUCAUAAGAACAAAGAGGUGAGUACUGUUAACUACUUUUCUCGCUUUUUCAACUCUGAGGAAAGGGAUAUGGUUUGUAAGCUGGAAGAUAUAGUUGCUAAGAUUGAAUACAUUCUCAAUUUCAAAGAUAUUCUUGGCCUUCAACAUAUUGCAACUCAUCACUCAUCAUGGAGAUCUCCAUCAACCUCUUUAGAAGACAGAUCUAACAUAUUUGGUAGGGAUCAAGACAAAGAGGCCAUUCUCAAAUUACUGUUAGAUGAUGAUAAUGAUAAGGAUGAGAUUUCUGUGAUCCCUAUAGUUGGCAUGGGUGGAGUGGGAAAAACUACUUUAGCUCAAUCUGUGUACAACCAGGACGCUGUCAAGCAGAAAUUCAAUGUUCAAGCAUGGGCUUGUGUUUCUGAUGAUUUUGAUGAACUGAAUGUUGCAAAGGCCAUCUUGGAGUCAAUUGUGGGGUAUGCUUGUAGCAUAAAUAACAAAGAGUUGCUUCAUCGUGAUUUGAAGGAAAAACUAUCUGGAAAAAAGUUCUUAAUUGUUUUGGAUGAUGUAUGGACUGAGGAUUAUAACGGCUGGAAUUCUCUUUUAAGGCCUCUUCAAUAUGGAGCCAAAGGAAGUAGAAUUCUUGUAACAACUCGUAUCCAAAAAGUUGCUUCUAUGGUACAAACUUUUCAUGAUUACUCGCUAGAGCAAUUGUCAUAUGAAGAUUGUUGGUCAGUGUUUGCCAACCAUGCUUGCCUUUCUCGAGAAGAAUUCAGUGAGAAUAAGAAUCUCCACAGAAUUGGCAAAGAGAUUGUUAGAAAGUGUAAGGGAUUGCCUUUAGCAGCACAAUCACUUGGGGGCUUGUUGCGAAGUAAACGGGACAUCAAGGAUUGGGAUAAUAUACUAAAUAGUAACAUUUGGGAAAAUGAGAGUAAUAUCAUUCCAGCUCUAAGAAUUAGUUAUCAUUAUCUCCCUCCUUAUUUGAAACGCUGCUUUGUGUAUUGUUCAUUGUUUCCCAAGGAUUAUAAAUUUGAAAAAGAUGAAUUAAUCUUGUUGUGGAUGGCGGAGGAUCUUUUACAUCCUUCAGAAAGUAACAAGACUUUAGAAGAAGUUGGUUAUGGCUAUUUUAAUGACUUAGCUUCUAGAUCAUUUUUUCAACGUUCGGGAAGUGGGAACAGCUACCAGCAUUUUGUGAUGCAUGAUCUGGUGCAUGACUUAGCAAUAUUGCUCGGUGGAGAUUUCUAUUUCAGAACAGAAGAACUUGGGAAAGAAACGAAGAUUGGUACCAUGACCCGUCAUUUAUCAUUUAGUAGCUUCAGUGGUCAAGUCUUUGAAAGCUUUGAUAUUUUUGGCCGAGCAAAACAUCUUAGGACGUUUUUGACAAACAAUUUUAAACUCCCUUCUUCCAAUAUCGAAAAGGCAUCAUGCAUCAUUUUAUCCACAUUGAAGAGCUUGAGAGUUUUGUCAUUUCACUACUCUCCAUAUCUUGAUGCAUUGCCCGAUUCGAUAUGUGAACUGAUCCAUUUGCGUUACUUGGAUCUCUCUUCCACAGCAAUUAAAACAUUACCAAAGUCAUUGUGUAAUUUGUAUAAUCUACAAACGUUGAGGUUGCGCUAUUGUAAAGAACUAACUUGGCUUCCCAAUGACAUGCAAAAUCUUGUAAAUUUGCGCCAUCUUGAUAUCCGUGGAAGUGAUAAGUUAGAAGAAAUGCCUGUUGGAAUGAGCAAAUUAAAUCAUUUGCAUUAUUUGAGUUAUUUUGUUGUGGGAAAACAUGAAGAGAAAGGGAUCAAGGAACUGGGGACACUUUCAAAUCUUCACGGAUCACUUUCCAUUAAGAAAUUAGAGAAUGUUACCAACAGCUUUGAAGCAUCAAAGGCAAAGAUAAUGGAUAAGAAAUACCUUGAAGAAUUAUCGUUUGUAUGGUCUCAAGAUGCAAAGGACGAUUUUAAGAAUUCACAAAGCGAGAUGGAUAUACUUGGCAAUUUACAACCUACCAAGAACCUGAAAAGGCUAGAUAUUGAUGGAUACAGAGGCACAAAAUUUCCAGAAUGGGUUGCAGAUCCUUCCUACCACAAUUUGACUGAGUUAUCUUUAUAUAAUUGUCAUAAUUGUUGCAUCCUGCCCCCACUAAGACAACUUUGCUGUCUUAAGAAUUUGAGAAUCAGUAAAAUGAAUAUGAUGAUGGAGAUUAUUGGAUCUGAAUAUGGUGAUUCUUUUUCGGAGACGCUUUUUCCUUCCCUUGAAUAUCUUGAGUUCCAUGACAUGCCUUGUUGGGAAGUGUGGCAUCAUCCCCAUGAAUCAUAUGCUCCCUUCCCUGUAUUGAAGACCCUUUUGAUUAUUGAUUGUCCUAUGUUACGAGGAAAUUUGCCAUCUCAUCUUCCUGCUUUGGAAGAACUUGUGAUUAGACGAUGCUACCAACUUGCUUCAUCUCUCCCAAGGUCCCUUGUCAUAACUAAACUAGAGGUUUAUGAAAGCAAUAAAGUAGCACUACCAGAGCUACUGCCACUUUCAUUAAAAGAGUUAAAAACUCAAGGAAGAUCAGUGACAGAGUCCGUGUUUGAAGCCUUCAGAGUCUCCAUACCAACUUCUCUUCAAGAUUUAGACAUUGAGGAUUGUUCAUCUGCAAUAUCAUUUCCGAGAGAUUGUUUGCCCGCAUCCUUGCAGCGCCUAACUAUCAAGAAUUGUGAAAAUCUAGAUUUCCCAAUGCAAAACGACCAACUCGAGUCACUUUGGUAUUUGUACAUAGAAACGAGCUGUGUUUCUCUUAGAACCCUCCCAUUGGAAACCUUUCCAAAUCUUCUACGUCUGGAAAUCAUAAACUGUGAAAACAUUGAAAAUCUUUCCGCUUUGAAGAAUCUUCAAAAUCUGGUUGAAAUUGGGAUUAGAGACUGCCCCAAUUUUGUAUCAUUCCUAGGAGAGGGGUUGUCUGCUCCAAACUUGAAUACAUUGCAUGUCUCCUGCUGCGUUAAUUUAAAGUCACCUCCUUGUCACAUAGAUACUCUUCUCCCAAUGUUAAAAUUUUUGACAAUAGAAGAUUGCCCAGAAAUUGAGACUUUUCCUGAAGGAGGUAUGCUUUCUAGCUUGAGUUAUCUUUGGAUCUUGAACUGCGACAAGUUAUUAAGGAGCCCAUCUCUAACUUUGCCAGACAUGCUUACCCAUCUUAUGAUUACUGAUAGUGCCCAGUCCUUCCCCAAGGAGGAUUUUGCGUUGCUACCUCCCUCUCUUACCUCCCUUGAGCUAUGGAGUAUGUCAAGUUUGCACACAUUGGAGUGCAGGGGGCUUCUCCACCUCACGUCCCUCCAAAAACUAACAGUUUAUGAUUGUCCCAAGCUGGAGAAUAUAGCGGGAGACAGCACACUACCUGCCUCUCUGGUUCAUCUUCAAAUCGAUCAAUGUCCUCUGCUGGAAGAACGGUGCCGCAAGAAACACCCGCAAAUUUGGCCCAAACUUUCGCACAUUCCAGACAUUGAGCUUAUCAACUGAUGAAUUUAUUAAGCUUGAACUUGGAUUUUAAAUUGUUUGUUGUACCAGGUCGUAUGGGUGCAGAUUUACAACAAAUGUUUUUUCAUAUUUUCAGAUAUUGAAGCAGCUAACUCCCUUGAUGAUUAAGCCCGGAAUAUUGAUGAAGUGCUGACUUUGAUCCGUAUAACCAUGUUCUACAACUUGUGAGAUGAUUCACAUUGAGGUGUUUCGUACAAGCCUUAUUUUGGCUGCUGAGAUAUGUGGCUGAACAGUGAACACUCCUACAAGGAAGGUCUAAACUGGAUGGCUCCAGAGGAGUUAGCAAAGAUGCAAAGAUCUGCCACUUUUUUCACAGGCCUUCUUCAGCAUACACAAUAGAAGCAAGGAAAAAAAAGAAAGCUUUGCACCAAUGAACAAGGAAGUGAAACAAGAUGGUUCAAGACGGGGAGAACCAGAAAAUUUUGUUCUAAUGGUGUUGUGAUGAAGGGUUUCAAAAAGAUACUAGUACUCUACACAAACUAUUGCAGGCAUUGAAAACCUGACACAGUCUAGACAAGAUGGUGUUUCUAUUGUAAAAGAUUCAUAUGAAAAGAUAGUUAAUAGUGAAUAAUCAAGGUGAGGUAUCAUGGGUAGUGAGGUUUGAUUUUGGUUUAGGUGUAUAUGUAUGUACUCUUACUUGCUUUAGCAUUCUUAUUUCUUGUGCUGCACCUGCGUCUUAGAUAACUUAGCACGCUUCAAGAGAUUAUAACUUUUGUUUUUGUAUGUGAAUGGAAAGCAAACUUUGUUAUUUGGGGGCUUUGCUGAUGUAUGAGAAUGGUGGCCAGAUUUUAAGUUUUAGUGGUAACCUUGGUUAUUCUUAUGUUGAACUCAUUGUGAAAAACUAAAUGAUGAUGCUGAUAGAGAUAAAGGUUCAUUCCAUAUGCAAAAUAAACUUCAGAGUUUCUUAGAGAGAAAUAUACUCUAAAAUGGAUUAUUCAUCAAAGUUUCAUGUCAUAUACCAUUAAAAAAAAUAAAGGAAUUUCUUAAUCCACUCAUAGGUGGAAAAAAAAAUCCUAUGCAAAACCGAAAAUGUCCCUCUAUUUUUUAAAAUACAUUUUCGAACGCACUUUUGUAUCACACACAAAUGAGAAAAAAUGAUUUCACCCUAUAAUCAAAUUUAAAGUGUUUCUGAAGAUAUUUCUCCUAAACAUAGUAACAAAUAAAUUGUUAAUUGACCAUUCUAG